UUCCUUUCAUUGACAGCCCUAUGUUCACCUAUGUUAGUGAGGUUAGAAUUCCUGAACAACUUCAAAACAUUUCAUCUUAAAGUGAAUAAUUUUAUAUUAAUCCCAAUAAAAUGGAUAAUAAACCGCAAAAAAUGCCUAAAGUGGCCAAGGUUAAGAAUAAGGCCCCCGCUGAAAUACAAAUCACGGCGGAACAACUUCUUCGUGAAGCUAAAGAACGUGAUUUAGAAAUCCUUCCGCCUCCCCCUAAACAAAAAAUAUCAGACCCAGCCGAAUUAGCGGAUUAUCAACACCGCCGUAGGAAACAAUUUGAGGAUAACAUACGUAAAAACCGUACUGUGAUGUCAAAUUGGAUUAAGUAUGCUCAAUGGGAGGAGUCCCAAAAAGAAAUUCAACGUGCGCGUUCUAUUUAUGAACGUGGUUUGGAUGUGGAUCAUCGUAAUAUUACGUUAUGGUUGAAAUACGCUGAAAUGGAAAUGAGGAAUAGACAAGUUAAUCAUGCCCGUAAUUUAUGGGAUAGGGCCGCUACAAUUUUACCGAGAGUUAACCAAUUUUGGUAUAAAUACACUUAUAUGGAAGAGAUGUUGGAAAAUGUUGCAGGAGCAAGGGCUGUGUUUGAACGUUGGAUGGAGUGGCAACCUGACGAACAAGCCUGGCAAACUUACAUUAAUUUUGAAUUAAGGUAUAAAGAGAUUGAUCGAGCUAGACAAAUUUAUGAAAGAUUCGUUAUAACUCAUCCUGAAGUUAAACAUUGGAUAAAAUACGCUCGUUUCGAAGAAAAUCAUGGUUUUAUUAAUUCAGCGAGAACAAUUUUUGAGAGAGCCGUUCAUUUUUACGGCGACGAUCAUUUAGAUGAAAAAUUAUUCAUUGCGUUUGCUCGAUUUGAAGAGAACCAAAAGGAACAUGAUCGCGCACGAGUUAUUUAUAAAUACGCUUUGGACCAUAUUCCAAAGGAAAACUCAAAAGAAUUAUACAAAGCAUAUACAAUUCAUGAGAAAAAAUAUGGUGAUCGUAGUGGAAUUGAAGAUGUGAUUGUUUCAAAAAGAAAAUUUCAAUACGAACAAGAAAUUUUACAAAACCCAACUAAUUACGAUGCAUGGUUUGAUUAUUUACGAUUAAUUGAAACAGAAGAUGAUUAUGAAGUUAUAAGGGAAACUUACGAACGAGCUAUCGCAAAUGUACCACCAUCAAAAAAUAAACAAUUUUGGCGUAGAUAUAUUUAUUUAUGGAUUAAUUAUGCGUUAUUCGAAGAAUUAGAAUCGGAAGAUUUUGAAAGGGCACGCCAAGUAUAUAAAGCUUGUUUGGAGUUACUCCCUCAUAAAACAUUUACAUUCUCAAAAAUUUGGUUAUUAUACGCUCAUUUCGAAAUAAGACAAAAAAAUUUAACAACUGCACGUAAAAUACUUGGGAUGGCUAUUGGGAUGUGUCCAAGAGAUAAAUUAUUUCGUGGUUACAUCGAUUUAGAGAUACAAUUAAGGGAAUUCGAUCGUUGUCGAAUUUUGUAUCAAAAAUUCUUAGAGUUCGGCCCAGAAAAUUGCGUAACAUGGAUGAAAUUCGCCGAAUUAGAAAAUUUAUUAGGCGAUAACGACCGAGCCAGAGCAAUUUACGAAUUAGCUAUCAAUCAACCUCGAUUAGAUAUGCCCGAAUUACUUUGGAAAUCGUACAUCGACUUUGAAAUAGCUCAAGAAGAAUUUGAAAACGCCCGAAAUCUGUAUGAAAGAUUAUUAGAACGAACUGUCCAUGUUAAAGUUUGGUUAUCUUACGCUAAGUUUGAAUUAAAUUGUCCAGGAGAAGACGAUAUUAACAUAAGAUUAGCUCGGAGGGUUUAUGAGAAAGCUAAUGAGACUUUAAAGAAUAAUCCCGAAAAGGAAGCGAGGGUUUUAUUGCUUGAAAAUUGGUUGGAAUUUGAAAACGGACAAGGUGAUGAUACAAUGAAGGAAAAAGUAUUAAAUAAAAUGCCGCGAAGAACGAAAAAGAGGCAAAAACUUAUCGCUGAGGAUGGUACGGAACAGGGAUGGGAGGAAGUUUUCGAUUAUAUCUUUCCUGAAGAUGAAGCAAGUAAACCUAAUCUUAAAUUAUUAGCUGCGGCUAAAAACUGGAAGAAACAAAGUGAAGUUAACGAAGAUGAAGAAACUUUAAAUGAUUAAAUUUUUUAAUAAAAAAACAAAUUAAUUAUUUUAUUAUAUAAAAACAAAAUUAAUUA